AUGUCUUGGAAGCCAUUAAACCCCAUUUUUAUUCUUGUGCUCGUGUUUCUGUUUGCAGGAGAUUUUGGGUUGCAUAUCUUCGUUGAUGCUAAUGCCAUAGAAUGCAACUCAUUUUGGGAACCACCAGGGCCGUGGAAUACUAAUAAGAAACAUAAGUGCGGUCGUACGCUUGAUGGGGUCCCUAGCUCAUACUGGUGUGACACGUGCCACAGGAAUGAUAAGAAGUUCCCCACUGCCAUUAACUGUGUUGGUCCACAAAAAUUGUCUACGGACGGAGCUUUUACUUGCGAUGCCGGAAUGGACGAAAACGUAAUGGGCGACCCAAAUCGUCCUAUUUUUUGUUAUCAUUUUUAUCCUGCAGGAACUGCAAAUACCUACACUUGCAAAAAACCACAGUUGUAUCAGCAAUGUGAUUCGGCAUCAUGCAAGCUCAGAUAA